AUGGUGCCUGGGCUGCAAGAACUAUCGUACGAGGAGCGGCUGAAAAAGUUGAAGCUAACAAGCAUGUAUGAAAGAUUCUUGAGGAAUGAUCUGAUUUUGCUGUACAAGAUACUGUUUGGACAUAUGGAUGAGUUACUUCGUCUGGAGAUACUGAGACCCCUGAUAACUAUUGAGUUAAAGCUUCUCCCCCAAGCCGUGUUUUCCUCUACACAACAAUUUAACUCAAUAGUGUCAAUGAAGUUCAAACCUCCGCAGCUGCCCACCAAUCCCACACCUGAGCAGUGGCGAUGGUGGAAGCGCAUCUUCAUCGACGGGCUAGCCAUCAACGAGGUGGUUGAGAAUACCCACAAACUCACGUUCCUCAGGUCUCACGCCGGCUCGGAACUGUAUCCCUUGCUACAAAACGCGGAGACCUUCGACGCCGCCAUGGAUAUCCUGGACGCGCAGUUCGAGAAGCCGACACGGGUCAUAUUUGCGAGGCAUGAGCUGCUAUCCUGCCGGCAGAAGGAAGGCGAAAGGAUUCCUGACUUUAUCAAGCGACUAAAGAUUCUCGUCGAGCUCUGUGAGUGCAAACCCCUUACAGCAUAUGUACAUAAACAACUGUUGCUUAGAGACGCGCUUGUUUCCGGAUUGAGGUCCGAUCAUGUCCGAGCGAGGUUACUCGAACUCGACGACACCAAAUCUGUAGACGAUUGCAUAGCACUCGCUAAUGCAACACGCAGCAAGUGCCCGGCAAAGCGCGACACGUGCCAUAAGUGCCAGAAGUUGGGGCAUUGGGCCACUGUUUGUCGUGCAAGUACUCCAACUACAGCCGCGUUGCAGGGUGAGGAAUCCGAAGGAUCCCUAGCAUCCGUCCUCUGUGCAUUGUCUCACAACACGGAGGCGAGACAGACCGUUUAUGAGAAGGUACUGAUUGGUGGCGUUCAUCAAGCAAUUGCACUGAUUGACCCUGGAGCAACCGAUUGCUAUAUCAAGUUCAAGCUCGCACGGAAAUUUGAAUUGCCUAUAACCGACGUUGAGUCAUCUACCAAACUAGCAAACGGCGACAAAUUGAAUGUGCUUGGCUUCAUCGACACACAAGUCACAAUAAAGGCAGAAUCUUAUUGUUGUCGCUUACACGUGGUUGAGUCGUUAAUUGCCGAUUUGAUCAUCGGAUUGGACGUUCUUGCUAGCCAUCAAUCGGUUUAUCUUGACCUCGGCGGUCCAAAAUCACCUAUCACUUUCCACCUGGGAGGACGUGAUACCGAGAUUACUCCCCCAAUAAGCUUAGAACGAGAUCAGUGUACGAAAGCAUGUUGCAGCAUGUUCCCAAUUAUGACAACCGAGCCUCCAGCACUAUUUCCUGACAAGCUCCUGACCGUUAAGCCGAUUUCUUCCAAGUCUCGACGAGUUUCUGCUGACAACGCGCUAUUCAUGAAAACUGAAGUAAAGAGGCUUCUGGAUCUCGGAAUAAUUGAGCUGUCUGUUUCACCUUGGCGGGCUCAGGCCUUCGUUUUCAAGGGACCAAGCAAGAAGAGAAUGGUAAGUGACUAUUCCGAAACAGUGAAUCUAUACACCGACGUUGACGCAUACCCAUUUCCGGAUGUCGAGUCCAUGCUUACUCGUGCGGCCGCUUUUCACUAUUUCAGCAAAAUAGAUUUGAAAUCCGCAUACCACCAAAUACCGUUGCGAUCAGAUGACAAACCAUUCACAGCCUUUGAGAUUGGGGGCAUACUCUACCAAUUCACACGCCUUCCAUUCGGUGUUACAAACGCCGUCCCAGCAUUCCAGCGAAUAAUGGAUAGCUUUAUUGAAAGAAACCAAUUGCGCUGCGCCGAACCGUACCUCGACGACGUCUAUAUCGGUGGGAUCACAAAGGAGGAACAUGACCGGAAUCUACACGCGUUCUUGAAAGCCGCGGAAAAGGAAAGCCUGACGCUCAACAUGGACAAAUAUACAUUUCGAACCAGGAAAUUAUCCUUGCUGGGACACAUUAUUGAAAACGGCUCGAAGAAGCCGGAUCCUGAACGCUUACGUGUUCUCAUGGAGUACCCAGUGCCCCACACCGCAGCUCAGCUGAAACGGCUACUCGGGUUCUUUGCUUACUACGCGAAAUGGGUGUCACAAUAUUCACUUAAAGUAAAGCCGCUACUAGAGGCCCAGAAACAGGGUGCCUUUCCUUUGAACCGGACCUGUGUCGAUGCAAUUGACUCGCUCAAGCAGGGCAUUGCGUCUGCAUCUCUGGCUAUACCUAUAGCGGGCGCCGGGCCGCUCUUCCUCGAAACAGACGCAUCUGGGACAGCACUAGGGGCAACAUUAUCACAAGGUGGUCGCCCUUUGGCUUUCUACUCUAGAACCUUGUCUACUUCAGAACAGAUGCAGUCGUCAGUCGAGCGCGAGGCCAUGGCUAUUGUUGAGGCGUUUCGGAAGUGGGGGCAUUUUGUUCGAACAUACGAAACGGUUGUUAAAACGGAUCAAAAAUCGGUUUCGUUCAUAUUCUCCAAACACCGAACAAAAAUUAAAAAUGACAAACUCACGAGGUGGAGGUUAGAGCUGUCAGAAUUUGCGUACACCAUCAUGUAUCGGAAAGGCAGCGAGAAUGUGGGCGCGGACGCUUUAUCCGGACUCUCCGCUAUCUCGAAAGAAUCCCCAUGUGUUACGUUACAUUGCCAAUUGCAGCAUCCGGGCGUCGUCCGUAUGUGGGAGUUCGUGAGACGUCAUAAUCUAGCUUUCUCUCUUUUAGAAGUCAAGGAGGCUAUACAGGACUGUGAUACGUGCAAAGAAGUCAAACCGGCAUUCUACAAACCUGGUGCAUCGUCAAUAAUUCGAGCUUUACAACCCUUUGAGAGACUGGCCAUACAUCUGGUCGGUCCAAAAUCCGCCGCCCGAAAGACCGGUAACUGCUACGCCCUAACCGUAAUUGACGAAUACAGUAGAUUCCCUUUUGUAUUUGGUAUCAGAACGAUUACGAGCGAAUCCAUUAUAGCAUGUCAACGCCAAUUUAUUCACACAGAUCGGGGCAGCCAGUUUCUCUCUUCCGAGUUCGACCAGUUUUGCUCACGAAAUGGCAUAUCUCAUUCGAGAACGACCCCGUACAACCCGCGUGGUAACGGCCAAUGCGAGCGAUACAACGGCACAAUAUUCAAGACGGUUUACUUGCGUAAUUUAGGUGCUGAUAUGUGGGAAUCUGUGUUGCUAGAAGCACUUGCUGCUGUGCGUGCACUCCUCUGUACUGCCACAAAUGAAUCGCCCCAUUCCAGGUUUUUCAAGUUCCCGCGGCAAGCCGGUCUAGGCUGCUCUCUUCUAGAGUGGCUGAGCAGCGGCAACCCUGCAUAUCUGAGAAAUUUUGUGCGCGGAAAGGAGGACCCGCAGCCCAAACGGAUGCUACAGAACCCAGGAGCCCGCAUCUGUCCCCAGUGA